CAGUGGUGACCGAUAUUCAUCAUCGGAAUGUACAGCAAAGCGUCCAUUGAUUUUCCCGAGCAAAUUGCAUGCAAGAAACGCCACACUUGCAUUAGGAGCGCGUGUGUGUGUGUAUGUGUGUGUCGUGCUCCCUGACCGAGGGUGCUCGAGUCUGGCUGUCCUGUGUGCUUCGGGCUUGUCCUUCUGUUCAUCUCGGAGGGCGAGGGUCAGUUAUGUCUCUGCAUCGUGCAGGGUGACGUCAGUUAGGUGUCCUAGGAUGUGCUCGCAGUUUCAACGCUCGGUUAGUGAGUCGUAGAGCGUGAUAACUUCGUGUAACUUGCAUCGAACCUAAGAGUGAUUCAGUAAUUGUUAUCGAGUUAAAAGAAAGAAAAAAGAAAAAGGGAAAUUGAACUUAUCCCUUCGAAAAGAAACCCUCAUGAAUGAGACCAACAGGAGCCCUUUUAAAGAGAAAGAGAUGCAACAUUAGGCCAGACCCGCCCACCAACCCUUGAGUGGCUGUGUUAUUGAACGAGCAGCCACCGACCAACGUUUGGCUGAACAAACUCACGCACACACGACAGCCUUAUCUCCAGAACCCAAGGGCGGAAGGAAGCAAGAGCUACUGUGACCUCAGGCGGGCGUCCUCGAGAAGGAGUCGACGUGAGGCCAAGGCGGGAAGUCAUGGUGCCAAGAGGCCACACGCCCGCCCUCUGUUAGCAUGUGCGUGCAUGCGCGCACUCUGCCCUCCCUCAAGGUGCGGGGUGAGGUGCACCUGUGCUAUGGGUGAGGGCUGGAGGUCAGGAUGGCCAGGCGUGAGGGUCAUGGGCCUGCACCCCCACCUCCUCCACCACCACCUCCUCCUCCACCUCCUCCUCCUCCUCCACCCAACAUGGGCAUCGCCACGCUGCUAGUUCUCCUUGGCCUCCUCUCCUCGGGGGUGUGCUUGCAAAACGGAGACGCGGAGCACAUCACGGCCAUACUCGGAGAGUCCGUCAUACUCAACUGCGCGGUGUCGCACCCCAAGAUUCCCUACAUUAUUCAUUGGAAGAGACAGCACCACAAGAUUCCCAUCUACAUCUGGUAUGAGGGUUAUGAUCCCCACGUGGAGGACACGUACAAAGGGCGUGCGUCCAGGGUGUCGCAGGACACCACGUACGGCCUGGCCUCCCUCAACCUGACCAACGUCAGGGAGGACGACCAGGGCUGGUACGAGUGCAAGGUCUUCUACCUGGACCGGACUGGAUCCCCCGACAACGGAACGUGGAUUCAUUUAGAUGUUCAUGCUCCGCCUCGGUUUACAACAACACCAGAUGAUGUUACUUAUGUUAAUAUUGGUAACUCUAUCAUCCUUAAUUGUGAGGCGGAGGGAACCCCCAAGCCAGAGAUAUUCUGGUUCAGAGAUGAUGAGCCUGUAGUACCCUCUGACAGUGUUGGCAUCUUUAAUGAUGGCACAGAGCUUCGAAUCAACAAGAUCAGAGACCAGGAUAUUGGUGACUAUGUCUGUGUAGCACGUAAUGCUGAGGGACGAGUGCACCAUGAAGCCAAAGUUGUUAUUGCUGGUGGUGCCGUAAUUGUUACUCCACCUCAGAACCAAACACGGCAAGAGGGAGAAAAGGUUGAGUUUCCCUGCGAAGCAAAAGCUUUGCCAGGCAAUGUAACAGUCAUUUGGAAGAGGGAAGGUGUAGCCAUUGAUAAGCUUUCUUGGCUUGACAUCCGUGCAAUCGUCAGGAAAGAUGGGGCUCUUGUGAUCAAUCCUACCAGUGCAGAUGAUGGCGGGUUCUUCACAUGUGAGGUGUCCAACGGCAUCGGGACACCUCAGCGCGCCACAGCUUACCUCAAUGUAGAAUAUCCAGCACGAGUAACAUAUACUCCAACUGUGCAGUAUCUCCCCUUCAGGCAGCAGGGAAUUAUCAAGUGCUUUAUUAAAAGCAACCCUCCCAUUCAGUUUGUUACCUGGAUAAAAGACAAGCGUCUCUUUGAUGCAGAAAAAGAAAAUACUGUAGUCAAACUUAAUAAUGGCUCUCUGCUUAUAACUAAGGUUAAUCAAUCUCAUCAGGGACGCUAUAGUUGCACACCUUACAACCGCCACACCACAGCCGGUUCCUCUGGUGAUAUGGAGGUUAUAGUUCGUGAUCCACCAGUAUUUUCGCCUCGACCCCAGCUUCAGUAUCAUGGACAGGUAGGAGAGGAAGUGACUCUCGUAUGCGGAGGUCAAGGCUCUCCAACUCCAGAAGUUACUUGGAAAAGGCGUGAUAACCAAAAUCUACCAAGGGAUCGUACUGACAUUGUGGGAGGAAAUCUUACCAUCCGUUCUCUCCGAAAAAGUGAUCACGCAUAUUAUGAAUGCAUGGUUAGCAAUGAAAUUGCAACUUUGGUAACAGCAACACAGUUACUGGUGGAAGGCACAACACCUCAUCCACCAUACAACAUCACAAGUGAAACAGAUCCAUUUAGUGUGAAAUUAUCUUGGUUACCUGGCUAUCCUGGGGGCAAAGACUGGGAGCAGCAAUAUACUAUAUGGUACCGAGCAUUAGGUUUUCGAACUUGGUCUCAAAUAGAUGUAAAGCCGGCUGGAAGCACCAGUAUAACUAUACAUAAUCUUUCCCCUGGCCAUACAUAUGAGUUCCAGGUUCAGGGCAAAAAUAUGCUGGGGGAUGGCAUGUUCUCUGACGUGGUAACAGCUACCACUGAAGCUUUAGGAGGACAACCAUCUGACCCUCCAAUGGACAAUCACCACGUGACGCCCACUCCAGAUAAACCCGUAUACGAUUAUAGCAUGAUAGUGUUCCCAACGGAUUCUUCUGGAUCGACCUAUAUUCCAACAAUAUUGAAUCCGACAGGAUUGCUUCCGCUAGGCCCAAAGCCGGAUCCACCGCGGAAUGUGACGGUCAGGAGGGUACAAGAUGAGUACCUAAUCAGCUGGAUACCACCCACCGACAAUUCAGUUCCUCCAGCCUACUAUGGCAUCGAAUAUCGAACGGAUGGGACAUGGAAGAAGCUCAAUGAUGAUCACAUUAUAGGUGCAACAUCAUACACAAUGAAGAAACUAAAAUCUGGAAAGAAAUACUACUUUCGGGUGUUUGCCAACACCCUCACGUCUUUUGCUUACUCAGAAGAAACAAUGUUUGUUGUUCCUGUUCAAAAUAAGGAGAAGGCUAUAACUGCAGCCAUAGUCGGGGGAAUUUUGUUCUUCAUUGUUGCCAUCAUCCUUUCCGUCUGCACGGUCAAGAUCUGCAACAAGAGGAAGAGGAGGAAGCAGGAAAAAGAACUACAAUCACAUAUUUUCUAUGACACAGCCUAUAACAUGGUUGACUGUCGGGUCACCGAGUCCAGAAAUGGCGGUCAUGGGUCCAGUCCUGUGCCUUUGAAAAAGUUACUACGGUGCGGAAUACCAUGUUUAAGGUGGGAGUGGGCUUGGGUGGCAGGUGUGCUGCUUGGGGGCCGCUUACUAGACUCCACGGACAGCAGGCCUCUAGACUCCAGUCCUGCACCUCAAGACAUCAGUAGUGGGGGGCAAGACACAGCAGCAGGUUCCUCAGGUGAUGAUUACAGAGACUAUGGUGUGCAUCGGGGAAGACCAUUCCCUCGAGAUGUGUACUACAGUGUAAAGCUUGAGUACACUCAGCCACUCAGUAAGAUAUCCCGUACCACUGACGGACGCUUUGUAUUAGACCAGGACAGUGAAGAGGGAGGGUUUACCUCUCCAAGGCGACCAGUACGUAGUGUAUCAGGAAAACAGACAAGUGAAGAACAAGAUCAACCUGGCCCCAGGUGGGUUGGAGAUGUGGGUGUGGAAAGUGGUGUUUAUCAUGUGCGUGCAGGAACAGCUAGUCGUCUUCACCACCGUCAGCCCCUUCCUCCGCGUCUUAGUCUUCGAUCUGAUGGUUCUGGCGCCAGUACACACGAGGAACCACGUGUAGUAAGCACUCAAGCAUUUCGGUCUAGUGGAAGAUUGGAAGCACCAACAACCUCUGUAUCUCUUGCAUCACCAGAAUUUGGUAAACAUGUCAUUCCAGAGAGUCCAGGAGACACUCUGUGGUCUCCACGAUCAAGACGUUUCAGAGCAUCUUCCCCAGGUCCACUAAGCUCAGAGUGGAACCAGUUAGCACAGUUAGUUUCAUUCAGUGAGGUGAGCAGUGUGCAACAACCAUCAAGUGUGGAACGAUCGUUUCCUUCAACUGUUCUUUCCUCUUUCCCUGAUUCAGCACAAGGAACACCAUCUGCACAUGGUGUUUCAUCUGCCAUUUCUCCUCCCAAUGAGGAAGAUGCUCUUCGGGUACUUCACCAGCGCUAUGCCCGACAGAUGCCACCUCUUUCUACCUCCCAGUUACACUCGGGACGACUUCUAGUGGGAGCACAAGUUCACUCCCCUCCAUCACACCUUCACCCACAGCUACAGGCUUGGGCAGCACCACCACAUACUCCAGCCUGGACCACUCCUCGACGUCCCACUCGAGUGUGGCCCACAACCCGCCCAGUGAGUCAUCCUACACAUCCACCUGGCCGACCAGAGCUGACAGUGUUGGAGUCUGGCCAGCAUGUGCACUCACCUCCUCUGGUAAGAGCUGGCCAAGUGGUGCGGGAGGCACUAGGUCAUAUCCAGCCUCCACGCAUACCAGACAUACCACGCCACUAUGUAAACCUUCCUCCGAGACGCGACGCUUAUCAACGAAUACCGGGGCGGGACCCCCCCUAUUUGCUCAAACCUUCCUCCUCGGAGAAUCAAAAGCCGCUGGCCACAAGCUCGCCCCCCCGCCCGCGUGCAAUUCAGGGCCGGCAUCGGGCCCAGGGGUUACCCAGGCCACGACCGCUGCCUCCCCCACCCCCUACCAGUACAAAGACCAGAGUACCUGACCCCUUGCCCAGAGCAGUGGGCAGGACACGAGAUAGUGACUCCAGUAGUGAUCAGCCGGUAACAUACACCCGUGAACGGUUGCAGGAGACCAUUGGGCGGGUACGUAGUGGCCUCUUCGGACCUGCACCACGCACCAAUAGUGCCCCAGAGCUAAGUUCUGCAGGAC